AUGGGCAAUUUUAACGAUUAUCCUUGUUUCAAUGAUAAGAAUAGCCCAAAUCCCCCUCCCCAUCAUGCCAUGACCAAUUUCCAAAAUUUUAUCGCUAAGUUUGAUUUGCACACUUUGCCUUUUGUGGGAAACCGUUUCACUUGGAAACAUGGCCAAAUCCGUGAGCGUUUGGACUGGGGAGUUGUUAAUCAAGCUUGGGAUAACCUUUUCCCCACGUCCAACAUUGUCCAUCUUCCUUUUUACGGCUCUUAUCACAAAGCCAUCAAAAUUGAGUGUGAUCCCACCCCUUACCUUUGUCAUCGAAACAAAUGUUUCUUUUUUGAAAACCACUGGCUUUUGGAUCCUGAGUUCCCUAGCCUCAUGUCAACUUCUAUUCACAGAAAUCCUUCCCUUUCUACUGAGGACAUUGCUAAGGUCAACCAACUCCAAUCCCAUGUUAACUCUCUCCUCCUCAGAGAGGAGUUUUUGUGGAAGCAACGGUCUAGAGUUAAUUGGCUUAAAGUGGGUGAUAAUAACACCAAGUUCUUUCACAGCCGUGCCAAUUCCAGGAGGAGGAAUAAUAUGGUUAAGUGUUUAACUCUGGAUGAUGGCUCCACUGUCACUUCCUUCCCCACAAUUGUUAACACUUUUAUGGAGUUCUAUACUAACCUUUUUACCUCCACGGGGGCUGAUAUGGAUUCCAUAAACUUAAUCAUGCAGGGGAUUUCUCAACGCAUCAACCCUGACCACUUCACUUUCCUCAAUAAAGAUUUCGAUUCAUUUGAGGCUGCCCUUGAUGUCUUAAACAAAGGUGCUGAUUUGUGGUCCAUCAAUGAAACCUACCUUGUUCUCAUUCCUAAGAAAUCCAACGCAUCUAAAGUCUGUGACUUCAGGCCUAUCAGUCUGUGCUCAACCUUUUACAAGGUUAUUGCUAAAACAAUUGCUAACUGCCUCAAAACUGUUCUUACCUCUCUUAUUUCCCACAAUCAAGGGGCUUUUCUUAGCAAUCGUAUCAUCUUUGAUAAUAUCUUAAUUGCUAAUGAAGUUAUUAAUGCCAUAAAUGGUCGUAAGGCUGGCAAGGUUGGCUGGGCUGGACUCAAGCUUGAUAUGGAAAAAGCCUUUGACAAAGUUGAGUGGGGUUUCCUUGAGAGUAUUUUUCUUCAUUUUAGCUUCCCUACCAAUUUUGUGUCUCUUGUUAUUAGGUGUGUCUCCACUAUCUCUUUCAGGUUGUGUAUCAAUCAGGGCAUAUCUAAUCUCAUCAUCCCUUCUAGGGGUAUCAGGCAGGGGGAUCCCUUAUCCCCCUAUCUUUUUCUUCUGGUUGUCGAGGGCUUAUCCGUAAUCAUCCCCUCGAAAGAACAUUUGGCUUUGUUUAAAGAUAUCUCCAUUUGUCGCUCUUCCCCAUCUAUUUCUCACAUGCUCUUUGCGGACGAUAGCCUCUUAUUUACCCAAGUGAGCCAUCAUAAUAGUUCUUAUAUUCAGGACAUUCUCUCCACUUACAAUAAGGCCAUGGGUCAGUUUGUUAACUUAGCCAAAUCCUCUGUCUUGUUCUCUCGCAACACCUCCCACCAUGAUAAACACUAUUUCCUCUCAUCCCUUGGUAUGGCUGACAAACCUUUCAUCGACACUUAUCUUGGUGUUCCUCAAUGUUUUGCAAGGUCUAAGAAAUCCUCUUUCCAUUUUAUUCUCCAAAGAGCUAGUAGUAAGCUGAGUGUUUGGAAAUCUAAGCUCUUUUCUAAGGCUGGCAAAGAAGUUCUUUUAAAAGCCGUUAUCCAAGCUAUACUCUCUUAUGUUAUGUCGUGCUACAGGGUCCCUCAGUCUAUCUGUAAGCAGUUGGAAAAGCUCAUGGCUAAUUUCUGGUGGGGUGCGAAAGGCCAAAAUAAAUCUAAAAUCCACUGGAAGUCAUGGCACAAUCUUUGCAAAUCCAAAUUCUUUGGGGGUCUUGGUUUCCGAUCCAUCAUUAAUCACAAUCAGGCUAUGCUUGCUAAACAAGCCUGCGUAUUUUUCAAAAUCCCUCUUCCAUUCUUGCUACUCUUCUCAAAGCUAAGUAUUUCAAACAUAAUGACUUUCUCCAAGCCUCAAUUGGUCACUGUCCUUCUUUUUCCUGGAGAAGUUUACUUUGGGGUCAAAAUCUUCUUCUUAAAGGGCUGGUUUGGAACAUUGGGGAUAGGUCAUUGGGACAUCCACAAGCUGAACACCUAUUUUGAUGUGGACCUGGUUGCUUCUAUUCUUUCCACCCCUAUUACUUCUUCAUCUCAAGACUGUCUCAUUUGGGGUUACGACCCUUCUGGCAAUCUUACUGUUAAUUCGGCCUACCAUCUUGCCAACUCUACUAGCUCCUUGCCUUCUUCUUCCACUCCCAAUACUUUUCAAAAAUGGUGGAAAUCUGAGGUUUCUUUCAAGCCAGCGGUUGGGUUUUACAAGCUUAGUGUUGAUGUUGCCUCUCAAAGACAGACUAAUAAGCAAAGUUUUGGAGCCGUGGUGCAAGAUCACACUGGGCGUAUCAUGGCAGCACUCCAUUCCUCCACCUUUUCUUGCACUCAGCCUAUCUUUGCUGAAGCUGAAGCCCUUUACAGAGCUAUAACUUGGUGUGCUGCUGUUAGGUUUCCAAUUGGUUUAAUAGUCUCGGACUGUCAGCUUCUCAUCGGCAAAAUCAUCAAUCAGCAGCGCAACAACUCAGCGCUUUCUGAUAAAGUUUGGCAGAUUAUCUCCUCUUUGUCCCUCUUUCCUGAUGCUUCCAUACGCUACAUGCCUAGAAGUCUCAACACUUAG